GAAAUGAGUGUAUCAUCUUCUGAUUAUGAAGAGAUGAUUUUACUACCUCCAGGUUAUCAUGCAACACCUCCAAGUUAUGUUGAGACAUCAGAAACAUCCCUUAUGGAGCAAAACAACAUUAACGGCAAUCAAGAGAAUAUCCAUCUACAGUCAACUAUUCCCCAAGUAAGGACGAGUUUAUCAUCUUCUGGUAAUGAUGAAUUACUCUCUUCACCUCCAAGUUAUCAUGAAGCGCCUCCUGUUGAGGCAUUAGAAACGCUACAUCUAAAUCAAAAUGUUUCUAAUACUGACACUCAAGAGAAUACCAAUCAACAAUCAAAUAUUCCUCAAGUAAGGGAGUGUUUAAUAUUAUAG